AUGCGAAAGAGUCAACAAAGUGGCUUCAGGAAGAAGUCAAUUAAGCUGAUACUGUCUGUAGUAUUCAGAAGCCUGGAAUACCUCGUGCUGCUGCACAUCACCACACUUGUACUGGAACUGCGCACGAGGUUUCUUGUACUCAACGACAGUAUCCUUACGUCUGCCACUCAUCACUGCAACAAGCACUUUUCGCGCAUCCUCCUGGGCUACGUUCGACAACCGGAUCUGGUAUCCCAGCUCGGGGUGGACCGGCUGCACCACGCACACGCAGUUCUCCAGCGGGCAGCAGAACUUUUCCAGCGCCACUUCGGCGUCACCUUGGUCCUUCACGUAACGACAGCAUUCUCCGCUCUCAUAUACGGCGCAUACCAGUUCCUGGUGAUGUGGGUGGCGCCAGAGAAGAGCAACGCCACCGUGGUCAACAAUUCCAAGGCGUCGGCAGCAACGUGGCUGACGUCACACAUCCUGAACCUGGUGGCUGUGGUGCUCUCCUGCUCGGCGACGGUGGACGAGGCAGAGCGCACGCGCGACCUGGUGGUGAGGGUCGCCACGCUGCAGGGGCGCCCCUUUCUCAGCGCGGGGAUGGAGCCGCUGCUGACGCAAGUGCUGACCUCUCGCCCGCUAUCGUUCAAGGCUGCCGGUUUCCUCACCAUCGACCGCCGUCUGCUUGUGACCGCUCUCUGUGUCACCAUCACAUAUUUAGUCUUACUAGCUCAGCUUUCUCUCAAUUAA